AUGAACGAAUUAUCCCAAGACCCAAUAGAGGAAAGAUAUGAAAUGCUUAAGAACUUGUGCAAACAACAGAUCGUGAUAAAUGAGACUCUGAAAUCCGAAAUCAUUAAAUUAAACAAUAUUAUCCGCGUAGUUUCUAGUGAGAAAGACUUACUACUGGAUGAAUUGAUAAACAACCAUUCUACUUGUCGAAACGCUGUCAAAGACGAAUCUAAACCUUUUCAAAAAUCGGUUAUCUCUGUCGGAAAUAAACGUCCCGUGAAUUUUCCCGAGAAUUAUCAGGACCUAAAAAAAAUCAAGAGUGACCCGACUGUCGCUGAUCGUAACGAAAAUGCGGGUUUCCACAGUGACUCAACCAGUUUAUCAGCUUUGAAUUCAAUCUCAGUACAAGAAAAUGAAGACCGUUGGAAUGCACAUGACCAAAUACAGACGAAUCAUAGUCAUCUGUCUGGUCAUUCAUCUCUUAUAUCAACUAAACCCAGGUUACAAUACCAAACUCCUUCAGUUCAAUCAAAGACAAACAUAUCCGUUACUCCUAGUGGCGAUAGUGAGAUCUCACCACGGUUGCUAAGUUCUUCUGGAACUACUUUGAAAUCGAGUUUGAGUAAUCCAGGAUCCCCGCCUACAAUCACUUCAAAUACUCAUCUAGUCACACCAGUUGCUGCUAGUUCCAAUAAUUUAACUACUACUCAGCGACCAAACAGGGGUAGUUCUCUUGUAACUAAUUCGUCAGUAUGUCCUUCAAAUCCAUCAAUUCCUUAUGUAUCAUUCGCAUCCCAAAGAACCCCUCCAAUCGGUUCCCACUCAAAAUACGUAUCUGUAACAAACCGUCCCCUAAAAGUUGUUAGUUCUGGGACUGUGAAUAAUACAGCUGGUAACAUCUUAAAGUCUGUAACUUCGCCUCCUAUAUCGCCUGGAAUUCGAUUGUCGAGUGGCCAACCAACAAGCCAACGUAUUUUAAUUCAACCAAGCAACUGUAAUGUUCGUUCGGUUGUCUUUCCUCGACAACAAUCUCAUGCAAAUGAUUCUUGCGAAUUUGGGUAUGCAGAGAGAUGA